GGCCGAGCCAGCCCGGGUCCGCGGCCGCCUGACGCCCAUGAAUGCGAACACCAUGAUCUUCAUGGUCCUGGGCGCCUCCGUCGUGAUGGCAAUAGCUUGCUUGAUGGACAUGAACGCGCUGCUGGACCGGUUUCACAAUUACAUCCUACCGCAUCUGCGAGGAGAGGACCGAGUUUGCCACUGCAACUGUGGACGGCAUCACGUCCAUUAUGUUAUUCCAUAUGACGGAGACCAGUCGGUGGUGGACUCCUCGGAGAAUUACUUUGUCACUGAUAAUGUAACCAAACAGGAGAUUGAUCUGAUGCUGGGACUUUUGCUGGGCUUUUGUAUAAGCUGGUUUCUGGUGUGGAUGGACGGGGUUCUCCAUUACGCCGUGCGAGCCUGGAGAACCAGCCGACGGUAUGACAAUUCUUGGUCUUGGAUUCCGAAAUUUUGUAACUUGAAGGAGUUCAGGAAACGUCACCACAGGCAGUACGAGGAGGCCACCGGCAACAUGGUGCACAUCAAACAGAAGCUGUAUCAUAACGGGCACCCGAGCCCCAGACACCUCUGAGAACCGCCCUGCCCUCCAGAGACUGCGGAGAGGUCCUUGAACUUUGCUCUUCUCGGAGGAGCACACCCGCAUGUUCGCUCCUCCGUGGAAGCCGGUGGAGGAUGCCAUUUGAUUUGUUCAUGCGGUGUGUCGUUGCGGCAGAUGGAGAAUGCACAACUAAGCCAGUUCUGGAUCCCAGGCAGCCAAGACUUUGCACUGUGUUCAUCGUUUUAUUGUCGGACUUCUGUAUAUAUGUAAAAAAAAAAAAAAAAAUGGGGGGUGGGGGGAAAGAGAUUUGCAUUAUACUUCCAGAGCCCAUCCCCAGUGUUGGAAGUUGUUCUGCAUACUCAAUGUACCUUUUUUGGGAACCGGUUGUGCUAGGGAUCGGAGGCGACCGCUAACAGAAGACGUAGUUUCGCAGCGGAGAGGUAAUGCUCCCUUCCACGUUCUGGCUCUGUAUUGUUUCCUUGGCUAUGACUCUUCCCAUUGCAGGGUGGCACUGGCGCUCGCUGUCGCGGUCCGAAGGUGCGGUGCGUCCCUGUUUCUUUGCCUGUUAUUUUUUUUUCAAGAGGGGGCGAGAGCUCGAGCGAGACAGAGAGGAGACUGAAAUUCGUGGAUGUAAAGAGGGCGGAGAAAACCAGGCCCCCAGUCUGGCCCCAUUGCAUUGCCAACGUGAAAUGAUCCAGCCUGCCGUGGGGAGGCGGGACAGAUCGUACCCAUUCUGACAGAGGGGAAGUUUGAGGCACAGAGUAAUUUGCCUGAGAUCACGCGGGGGCAAAGCAGGGCUCAGCACCUGGAGGCUCCAGUGGGAUCGGCACUGGAGAGCCGCUGUGGGAGGAGGUGAAGACAGAGCAGACGCUAACCCCCAGAGCCAAACAGCCCGAGGGGCUGUAAGAGCUGGAAACAGCUGAUGGCACCUUUCACGUGGGAGACAUGGCACGUGCCGUGCCUCGGGCCUGGCUCUUAGGUGCGGCAACGGUUUAUGAGAAUACAGCCUUAACCUCCUGCCUGAGACAAGGGACCUCCUAGCAUCUCCUCUCCGAGGGCAUGUAUCCUGCAGGGAGCCUGGUCUGAGCAUCGGGGACCAGUCUGAGACAACCGGACUAGAUUUCAGCAGGGCUGUUUUGCCACGAGCGGCCCUUGCCCAGCAGGAGGAGGGGGUAGAGUUUGGCCCUGGGGGUGUAUGGUGAGCCCUGCCCCUUUUGCCAUUUCUCCUCCGUUCCCAAAUGCUUAUACAGUGGGUCUGUGCCCGGCAGCCUGGUACUUCCUGUGGCUCUGGGCGGAAAGAACCAGGAAGCCCCAAAACCCAGGAAACCGCUCUCGUCCCUUUGUGGCUUAUUUUGAAUCGACCUCCUCUGCCUGGGAAUCAACCUAAAAUCAAAAGCAACAAGCCAGCCUUGUCCUUGCCAUGGUGUGCCCCCUCCCUUCUCACUCACCCCCCAGCCCCGGUUUAUGGUAGCUGAGGUCUGUGCUGGUGUCCGGCUGCUGGGACGUUGGCUGUUUGGGCGCCCGAUGGUCGUGCUACCCCUGUAGGUGCCUGGCUGUGUUAGACGGAGGGGUUUUCAGCUUCUCCUUGUGCAUUAGUUCCUGCGGCUGGCGCAAAUCAGCAGCGACUCAGUGGAGCUCUGCAGAUUUACACUAGCCGAGGCUCCAGUUGGCUGAGUUCAGCGGAGCCAGGACAGCUUGCAGCCCCGGUGGGAUCUGAUGCGUCUGUUCAAACAGCUUUAAAUCCCCCGUCUUUUCGGCGCCUCCUCCAGCAAAGCGAGCGAGCGAGAGAGUGGUGAUGCCUGGGCCAGGCCGAAUGCACAGCGCGGUUCUGCCUUGCUCUGUAAAUCACUGCUAGUGGGUGCAUCAUUAAAUACGAACCUGACAAAGGACAAGAA